AUGACUGUUGACGAUUCAGCCCGGCAUUUGAGGGUAGCGAUUGUUGGAGGUGGGCCCGGCGGGCUGGCCACCGCCAUAGCGCUCUCCAAGAUUCCGAAUGUCGACGUGACGAUAUACGAGCAAGCGAACGUGCUGCGCGAGGUUGGGGCUGGGAUAAGCAUUGGGCAGAAUUCUUGGAAUGUCCUGGAGCUCCUCGGUGUAGCUGAUACCCUGACCAGUGGUCAUCAGACAUGGACGGUGCUGAAUCUUAACGGCCGGUCUGGCCAAGAACUCCAUCGCCGUGAAAAGGAGGCUGGAGAUACGAAGCGACCGCCAAUCCGGACGCAGCGGACGAAAUUGCAGUCGGCGCUUUUGGCUCAUGUCGAGCCGGGAACCAUCCAGCUUUCCAAGAAGCUGAAUCGAAUGGUGGAUAAAGGCUCGGAAGGCAUUGAGUUAUACUUCAAGGACGGCAGCUCCGCAACGGCUGACUUGGUUGUUGGCUCUGAUGGAAUCCGCUCCGUGGUGAGAGAUACGGCAUGGUCCGAUUAUGAAAUCAAAUUCACGGGGACGACGAUAUGGCGGACGUUGCUCCCUUGGGACAAUGUCAAGGAUCUGGAUCCACGGUUCGGAAUCACUGGCUGGUGGCAUUCGCCCACAACUCACGUGUACUUCUCACCAGUUGGAGAGGGCCUUUGGGAGAUUGCGGCGAGAGCGUUCCAUGAUCCAGCAACCCACAGUGCGAGCAAAGUCAGUUGGGGUGUACCGGUUGGCAACAAGCAUGUUGAGUCGCACUUCACGGAAUAUCUUCCAGACAUCAAGGAGGCACUCAAGCGAGUACCUGAGGGCGGAUGGCGCGAGUUCGCCGCGUUUGCCGGCCCCCAGCUCGAUAUGUUGACGGCAUGGGACAACAAGAUAGUGCUCGUUGGCGACUCCUCUCACGCCCUUUCUGGGGCGUUUGGUUCCGGAGCGGGAUUCGCGAUGGAGGAUGGCUGGGUUCUGGCGCAGGCUCUCGCGUACUUCCAAAACGACACGGCGAAAGCGUUGCCUUUGUUUGAUGCAAUACGGCUUCCCUAUUACGCGCGGAUGUACGCCCAUCUGGCAUCCGAGGCGUCCAGGCGGGUGCAAAAGCUGCAGGAAAUUGGCAGUCCCUCGUUUGACGAGCGGGUUGCGAACAAGAUCAUCGUGGAUGGCGGAGCGGACAUGUCAUGGAUAUAUGCCAACGACAUUGGGGCUGUUUGGGACGAGGCUCUCGUCGAUGCGUCGCUUCCUGAGACGCAGGUCUAG